AUGGAAGAACAGACAAAGAGAAUGAAAUUGGAAAAUCGAGUAACGACUGAAGAAAGUACAAUAACCACAUCGGAGUUGUAUCAACGUCUUUCAGUCUCUGUUGAAAAUUUUCAGAGUGAAGAAGAAUCAACACAAUUCAACAAUAGUACUAUUCCAGCAUUACAAAUCAAUAAAACACGUGUCCACCAGUUCUUUAAAAAACUGUUCUCAAAUGAAAUUUCCACAGUAUAUACAGCCGUUGAUACAAACAAAACUAUUAUUUAUAACAGAAAGCCCGACUUUACGUUUAUUCCCAAAAUGUUUAACCUAACAGAAAAUGAUCCCAGAGCAAUAGAACAUUUGGCGCUAGGUUUUUUAGAAUUGAAAAAGGAUACAAAAGUGAUUGAAACACCACAUAUCCUUGGCCAGCUUUGUGAUUACAUGUUUAGGGCACUCAAAGAUAGCUACAAGUCCUAUGUUUUUGGAUUCGUUUCAAACUUCAAGGACAUUAUUUUUGUGAAGAUUAGAAAAUCGAUGACAGAACUGGGCGAGGAAAAUAUUAUCACCACAAGAAGUCCAAAAUUGAGUCUUUUCUCCACUGGAAUUCAGAACUCUGAUGGAUAUAGUUAUCUCAAAAGACUUUUAAACACUCCAACACAACAAACAUGGACAGACAAUCGAACCUUUACACUUGGAAAUUUUAUUGCUGCAGGAGCAACGUCGUUUGUGUUUGAUUUUGGAGAUGGUAAGAUUAUUAAACUUGCCAAAACACCAAGCGACAACACACAUAUCAUUACAGAAACAAAAACUAUUACUUUUUUGGACGAGAAAGGAGUGAAUCCUCUUCCAAAAAUUGUUGAGCAUGGAAAUUAUUGGAUUGUGAUGGAAAAGUGUUAUCCCUGUACAUCUUUAUCUAAAUCAGAAAUGAAAGCUUUGGUGGAAUUGGUAAAAAGUUUUCACCAAGCAGGUGUGUUACAUAGAGAUAUUAGGCCUCAAAAUAUAAUGAAAACAGAUAGUACUCCAUUAUUAAUUGAUUUUGGAUUCUCUGUAAGGAUUGAAGAACACCACUCAAACUUUGCAGGCACUUCAACAUUUUGCGCAGAACAAUAUUCUGAACAUUGGACACACAGAUUAACCUCAACCUAUCUCAAAAUCUAUGACUAUGAAUCCUUGUUGAAAGUUUUUGUCUACUUUGCAGACACAACUGUCAAAAAUUCUAUCGAUAGUUGCAACUUAAUUGGGACUCAAAGAAGACAAUAUUUCGUAAAAUUUUGGAAAAAAUAUGCAAAAAAUAAUAUGACAUUUAAGACAGCAUUAAAUGCUAUCAUCAAACUCGAGGAACAGGAUGACAUUACACCCAUAUUUGCUACAUUUAUCGACAAUAUUGAUGAAUAUGAAUAA